AUGGAUAUAGACGCCAAUUGUUGCACAUCUUGUCAUGAAAACCCCAGGCUAAGUAAAGGAUCGGACUACGCAGAAGAAUCCUACAACCAAAGUGGACAGAGUACAUCACCAUUCAAAAAAGCUCGUAUAGAUUUGGUUAAAUCAUGGCCUCAAUCGUACAGGAGAGGAGCAGGCGCAGGAGCAGGACAAGAGAAUGAAAACAUCAACAAUAGAAGCCACAACAACAACAACAGCAGCAGCAGCAGUAGCAGAGAAGGAAGUGGAAGAGAAAGAAGAAGAAGCAGAAGAGGAAGAAGAAAGGGAGGAGAUUUAGGAGGAAGAGUAGGAAGAUGUAAUUCGGUAGGUGGAGAUUUAGAUAACAUGCCAUAUAUCACCGACUUUGAUACGUCAUAUACAUCCGAUUCUAAAACAGAUUUGGAAAGCUUACCUGAUUUGACCGAUGAUGAUGAUGAUAACAACAAUCUGCAAUAUUCACCUGAGGUAACACCAACAAAACAAAAACAUAAAUUCAUCUUUUUAGACGAGCCACAUUUUGAGUUUGAGUUUCAAAGGAAAAGCCUAUAUGAAGGACUACGUGCUUCGCAACGAGAGGUUGAACCAUCAACACCGUCCAUAUUCGAAAUCCCGGAAAUUGUUCAUCGCAUAAUAACGUACGUGGAUGCACAAAACACCGUGCUUCCACAUGAAGCUACUCCCGUGAGGAGAAAACCAAUAAGCCACAACCAUGCAAUGCUUAUCUAUGGAAGCAAAAGACUAGCAGAACUAGCAUUGAAAGAAAAAGAAGUGGUUGAGUCUAAUGAUAGAUACCUUAAUAACCCUCUUUACAAUUGCCUCUUGGUAAACAAACUAUUCAAUAAAAUCACAAAACAGGUUUUGCUGCAGAAGUUCUACUUUGAUGAUGAAACAAGACUACAGAAAUACAUCAUGUCCAAAUUGGAGGAAACAAAAGGAGCUGACAACCAUUACCGCCACCGCCACCAGCAGCAGCAGCAGCAGCAGCAACAGCAACAACAACAACCUCGUGUUUUCAAUCUUCAUAAAAUAUUUCGCUUAAAGCAAUCAACGUUUAACUUUCUUAACCACCAAAUGGAUUUUAGCAAACUACGUUCGUUCCAUCUCUUUAUGUGUCCCAAAAUUCAACCAUCUUGGCAAUUAUUCACAAACGCAUCAAAUUUGACGGAAAUUGUUAUCACGGGAAACAAGGCAGUCGAUGAUACGUUUUGCUACAAAGUGAGUCAAUUUUGUCAAAAGUUAGAAUUGCUAGAUUUAAGAGCAUGCGAAUUGAUAACUGAUUCUGGACUCUACAGCAUAUUUGAGAAAAAUAAGAACUUGAAAGUUGUUAAUGUUGGAAGAAAGAAUAAGGGCCAUUUAAUUACGGACUCUUCAUUGCAUAUUCUUGUCAGGAACAACAAAAGACUUCACACAUUGGGUCUUUCAGGAUCAUACGUCACAGACAGAGUACUUUGGGAAAUUGCAGCACUUCCAGAUCUUGCACGAUUAUCAUUGAAUAAUUGCUGCCAAAUAAGCAACCAGUGCAUAACUUCCAUUUUCACAACUAAUACAACGGCCUUGCGCUAUCUCAGCGUGCUUGAGUUACGUCAUAAUUUACAACUCAUUGAUUUAGCAGGUCUAAUUGCGUACAAGAGAGCAAAGGACUACGGGCAUGAGAAAACGGGCAUUUUUUUCCUUCUUGAACUCUGCGAGGAAUUGAUGUACAGGUACAGAAUUCAAGAGUUGGAGAUUGAUAGAGUAAUGUCCCAAAAAAUUGUCAACGAUAUCAACCAGUUUGUUCAUGGAGACGAUACAGACUUGUCUCUCGACCAAGUAUCUAGACUUAGAAGAUUUCACGAAUGA